AUGGGGGGAGAGUUUGGGGCAGCACCAGAUCCUGCCCUUCUCUCCCAGCAGGGCUGUGAUCCCUUCGCCCAAACCCAACGGAGCAAACUCCAACAUCGCCGGGCCCGGAUCAACCAGCAGAUCAACAAGGAGAUGAGGAUGAGGGCAGGAGCAGAAAACCUCUUCAGGGCCACCAGUAACCACAAGGUGAAGGAGACGGUUGCCCUGGAGCUGAGCUACGUCAACUCCAACCUGCAGCUGCUCAAGGAGGAGCUGGAGGAGCUCAACAGCAGCGUGGACGUGUAUCAGAACGACAGUGAGUCCAUCAGUGUUCCCAUGAUCCCUUUGGGAUUGAAGGAGACCAAGGAGCUGGAUUUGCUGGUUCCACUGAAGGAUUUCAUCAGUGAACACUAUGGAGAGGAAGGUGUCCUGUUUGAGAAGGAAAUCAAGGAUUUCAUGGAGCUGAGGCAGGUCCGUGUGCCUUGGGAUGCAAAGUCUGGCUUUGGCUUAGUGGUUUGGGUGGGAAGGGACCAUCAAGACCACCUCGUGCCAGGCAGGUGGGCAGCUGUUGACCCUUCCCUUCUCCUUCCCUUCUCCAGGUACGACUCCCUGACGGGGGUACCAUCCCACCAGCGGGCCCUGGCCUUCGAGAAGGGCAGUGUCCUCUUCAACCUGGGGGCCCUGCACACCCAGCUCGGGGCGCGCCAGGACCGCGCCACCCUGCCCGGCCUCGCCCAGGCCAUCGACGCCUUCCAGAGGGCAGCGGGAUCCAUUGGCUUUUUUGGCCCCCUGGGCACCCCUGGGCUCGUGUCCCGCUGCUGGCACCAGCACUCCCAGGUGGAGGACGUCUACUCGCUGGUGCACCAGACCAUGACCCAGCCCCAUGUGAAGGACUAUGUUCCCUUCUCCUGGACCACCAUGGUCCACGUCAAGUCGGAGCAUUUCAAAGCCCUCUCCCACUACUUCGCUGCCAUCGCCCUCUGCGACUGCCCCGUGCCCUCGGAAUCUGAGCUUCCAGGGCAGGAGAAGGCUUUCAUGCAGUUCCAUGUCACCACGCCGGAGGGACCAUCGCUCCGUGUCCUGCUGCAGGAUCCCGAGGAGAGGAGGAAGCUGGGCAAAGCUCACCUGAAAAAAGCCAUCAUGAAGCACGAGGAGGCCAUGAGGAUCCACGGGUUGUGCAAGAUCCUCAGGAAGAUGGACAUCCUGCAGGAGGUCCUGUCCUUCGCCCACAAACGCUCCCUGAGCAAAUACUCGGAGAUCGACCACGAGGAGGAUUUCUUCGAGACGGGAGAUGCCCCAGACAUCCACCCCGGGCUGAAGGAGGGGGAUUACAUCGUCUCAGUCAAUGGCAAGGACUGCAGGUGGGCCAAGCACGCCGAGGUCGUGCAGCUCCUCAAGAGCACCGGCGACGAGGGCGUCGACAUCGGGGUCAUCACCCUGCAUGGCUCUCAGGCCCCCAGGGCUGUGGACAAGAAGGUGGCAGGGAUGUCCUCGGGGAUGCUGAAGAGCAACAAGGAGAACAGCAGGAAGAGCCUGAUGAACAGCAAGAGCCCCAGCACGCUGCUGGUGUGGAGCAAGAAGAGCAAGCGCAGCAAGAAGAGCACCUACAGCGGCGUCCCCUUCACUGCCGUGGGGGACAACGAAGCCAUGUACUGAGGGGCUCACCGGGCUCUUCUGUGUCCCUCCAGCUCCAGGACUGGCUAUCUGGGAAGUCUUGGAAACACUGAUGGCCUGGCUGGGCUGUGCCGGUGUCGGGGCUGCCAGGACCCCUCGCCCCAGGGGACGGAUCCUCUUGGAAAAGGACUCCUCUGUCUCCCAGCUCUGGACUCCUCCAUGUCCCAGCUCGUCCCUCCUCAGCGAAACAAGGGGAAAACCCUGAUUUAGUCGUGGUUUUUAAUCGUUUUUUUGUUGCUCUUCAUGGGUUGGGGGGAGCUUUGGUCUGAGCAGGGCCUGGUUUGUGUCGCCCGCUCGGUGUGAGGAGCCGCCAAACCCAGCCCUCAGCCAUUAAAGCAAAAGCUGUGACCUCCUUUAGCAUCUCUUGGGCUUUCUCUGCGAGGCAGAAGAUGACACCACUGCCAGAGAGCUGCUGGCACAGCUGAAUCCUUCAGCAGCUCCCCCUGGGACCCCCCUGUUUCAGGAGAGGGGACCCCCUGGGCAUCAAUGACUCGUGGUGACCCCAUCAAGGGGUUGCAGCACCGGCUUGUGCAUCCACCCCUUAGAGAUCUCCCAGUGAAACGGGGUAAAAUUAGGAUGGUUUGACCAUUUUUAGUGCUUUUUUUUGGGGGGUGGGUUUUUUUUUGUUGUUGUUUUUUAAAUAAACCCCCAAGUUGGCUCAGCAAAU